AUGGGCCUCAAUCCCGAUGGUACACCUGUUGAAGAGUAUUCAGCCAAGGUUGCGUCCUUCGAAUCUGUCAAGUCCGCAUCAAGUGGGGACAUAUCUGCUUCCCUGGCUGCUGACCCCGGACCUAUCAACCCCGAGUAUAUUGAGCUCCCAUUGGAUCACUUCGGCUCGGGCGCUGGCAAUUUUCGCAACAGAUACUGGGUGAAUACGAAAAGCUACAAACUGGGCGGUCCCGUCUUCAUCUAUGAUGUGGGUGAAGCUAAUGCCAUUACAAGCUCUCAGUUCAGGCUCCGCAAUGAAACCAGCUUUUUCAAGCAGAUAGUCGAUGAAUUCAAUGGUAUCGGCAUUGUAUGGGAGCACCGAUUCUAUGGCGAUUCGUCGCCCAUAAACAUCUCAAUCGACACACCAGCAGAGGCCUUUAGGUUCUUAACGUCGGAGCAGGCACUUGCGGAUGUUGACCGCUUCGCGAAGCAGUUUAGCAGAAAAGAAAUCAAUGCAACGCUCACUCCUGACCAGACACCAUGGGUCUUUAUUGGCGGUUCCUAUCCUGGAAUGAGGGCUGCCUUCAUGCGCAACUUGUAUCCUGACACGAUUUACGCUUCAUGGGCUGCUUCGGCCCCAGUCGAGGCUAGAGUUGAUCAAACGUAUUACUUCGACCCAGUAUGGCGAGGCAUGAACGCGAAGGGCUUUGGAAAUUGUACCCGGGACAUCCAGGCUGCAGUCAGAUACAUAGAUGGGGUCAUGGAUAAAGACAAGCGUGCCACUGCUAGACUGAAAGAACAAUUCUUAGGUCUAGGGGCUGCCAAUAGCUCGAAUGCUGGAUUUGCGGAUGCGCUUACUCUUAUAACCUCGAGAUGGCAGUCAUACGGCAUGGAGGGUGAUAUUUAUGGGCUUCGUCAAUUCUGUGACUGGAUUGAAACUGACCUUGCGAACGGAAAUACGGCACCGAAGGAAGGAUGGGCACCGAGCAAAGGCGCCAAGUGGGUGGUAGAUAGGUGGUCCACCUACCCCAACUUUGUGACCAUGGUAAAUGAUUAUUUUGAGCUAGAGUGCUCGGGUCAUGCGAACAAAACAGGUGGACAUUGCAUCUUGGACGGUGCGUUCAAGGACCCUUCAACGAUCAGCUGGACAUGGCAAUAUUGUACCGAAUGGGGAUUCUUCCAAGCCGCCAAUAUUGGCCCUCAUCAACUCAUUUCAAAAUACAACUCGAUUCAGCAUCAGCGCGACAUAUGCCAUCUCCAAUUCCCUAACGCAACCGCUCCUCUCUUCCCAGAGUUGCCUAACACUAAAAAAACCAACAAAGUCCUUGGUGGAUGGUCCAUUCGACCAUCGAAUACUUACUGGUCCAAUGGGGAGUUCGACCCUUGGCGCCUGAAUUCACCUGCUUCUGACCUGGAUUUUGCACCAAAGGUAGAAAUCACCCAAGACAUUCCCAAAUGCGGAGUAAGCACCGGAAAGAAUAAGCUGUUUGGUAUGGUUCUGAGAGAUGCGGCACAUUGCUUUGAUUUCAGGACAACGGGUGUUAUUGUUCCUGAUGGGCUCAAGAGUCGAGAACUGUUUAAAAAGGCAUUGAAAGAGUGGCUGCCAUGCUACCGUCCAAAGACAGGACUUGCAAAACGAUGGAAUGCCUAA